GGCAUACCUCCUUUACAGCCUCCCCCCCGCACACACACACACACACACACACAAACAUUUACUUGAGCGUCGUCAUUUCCCCAUAACCUCAUAUUUCUCUUGCUGAGGAUUUAUCUCAUUACACUAAAGAGCUUGGCGAGCAGGCCUGACUUUUGGCCAAAUUAAUAGAAGGGCUGUGUGUGUGCAUCUAUGUAUGCCAGCGCGUGCGUGUGUGUGUUAGUGUGCAUAAGUGUGUGUCAGUGAGAGAGAGUUUAUGACCACAGACUGCUACAGGCAUGCAGGUUUUUUUUACUCGCCACCAGAUUCAGCCGUAACGUUUAAGCCAGACAUCAACAUUCAGGACGUUAACACAAGAUACAAAUUGUACGCGGACAUUGAGUUGAGAUUAUUACAUAAAAGUCUUCACAACUGCUUUGAGCUUCAUGUGCUUUACAGGCAUUAUAAUUUACUUUAGUUUACACUGCUAGUGAACUGAGGAUGUUUGUCAAUAGGAAUAGAAGUCUUGAAUCUCCAGAUAAUUUUUUUUUUCCAUUCAAACUUUCAAAAUGUUCUCCUAAACCUCAUCUCAAAGUUUGUCUAUUUUAACUGCUUUUAUUCCCCCGCGUACGACAUUUGGGAGAUACAGUACGUGGUUUUCUUUGGAAAGUUAAUUUCUCUUUAGGCUAACAUACCAAAAACUAACAUUUAAAGGACCUUCAGAUUGCAUUCCCUGUGUUGUUAUCCCCCGCAUGCGUAAACACGACACAGUUCACACAAAGAGUGGAAACGGGAGGUGGAGCACAAACACAGAGCUUUCCUGUUGUUUGGCAGCAGAGGAGAGUGACAUCCUGAACUGGGACGACUGGGAUGUGACUCUGACUGGUUUUCCAGACAACUGGCAUUUCGGCAUCUGUCUUUCUUUUUUUUUUUUCCUCGUUCACAUUUCUAAUGGGAGAUCCCAUGAGAGAGAGAGAGAGAGUGAGAGAGUGAGAGAGAGAGAGUGCGAGAGAGAGAGAGACUGCUGCUGAAGUAAAAGCAGAGUUAUGAGGACGCAGAAGAUGGGACCGGCUGCCUCCACGCUCGCUCUCCUGUGUUUCUGGUCUCUGGCUGUGUGUGUUCCUCCAGGGACGGCCGCCGCCGCCACACCAACACAGGCAUCCCUUUCAGAGGUGAAGAGGGUGCGAGGGGACGUCCCUGAUAUCCUUCCAGACCCUGAACCGGAGCCAACCAGCCCAGUGUCAGACUUUGAGAACUCAUACAACUAUGUCUUGUCCAGAUUAGCCGACAUGGACCAGGCCAUCCACAAGCUGAAUGUGGGUCACUACACCCUGGAUGUUAAAGUCAGCCAGUUAAUGGACCGCGUGAUCCGGGUGGUCGCUAAAGUGGAGGAGCUGGAGGACAGCGUCCGGGAGGUCUCCCGGCACAGCAAGGACAACCGCAAGGAGAUGGGCCGACUGCAAGGAUGCCAGAAGGGUCACCGGAUGGGUUACAAAUGCUACCUGGUGUACAACAGCCACGUGGACUACGCCGGCGCGUCCCGGAAGUGCCUGGAGCGCGGCGGCCGCAUGGCGAUGCCCCGCGACCGCCGCGAGCAGGAGGCCCUCGCCGAUUACGUAAAGUCCUUUUUCCACCCGGGGAACUGGCCCGUCUGGCUGGGGGUCAACGACCUGCGGUCCGAGGGCACGUACCACUUCGAGGACGGGACGCGGGUCUCGUACUUCCAGUGGCGCAAACACUUCCUGUCCAGCCAGCCGGACGGCGGGAGGCGGGAGAACUGCGUGGCGAUGUCGUCGGACGACGGCGACUGGUGGGACCACUACUGCGACCGGACCAUGAACUACAUGUGCGAGUUUGACAACAGGGAGGCGCUUUAAAAAUGUUUAUUUCCAGUAUUACUCCUUUGCCACCUUACUUUGACCUCCAGUCAUUAAUUCUUAGAAAUAAAAGCACACUAUAUUUUCAGAUAACUUAUUUCCCGUCGAAAGACACCUGAAACCUCUCAUAGGAGAACUAAUGUAUUUCAAUAUGAAUUUCAAGUAUCAUUUCACUUCUAUAUGCUUCAUGCGAAAGUGUUUAACUAGUGUCAGUAUGUUUGUAGGUUGAAAACAUUUGGCCUGAAAGUAUUUCAAGGUAUUUUUCUUUUUUUGAAAUGCCCUUUUUAAUUUUACAAUGCGCACAAAUCCAUGUAGUGCCAUUUAAGUUCUUAAAGCACAGAAUAAGUAAGAGUAGGUAACUUCAUCAGAGGAAGUUAGUAUAAUACACAUUAUUGUAUUCAUACAGCUGCAGUGAUAUGAAUGUAAACCAGUCACAACGCUGGGAUUUCACGCAAUUCUAAAUAUUUGCUGAAAGUUUACAAAAGAAAAGAGGAAAAGCUGGAGGCACUUUCUUCAGAAUCAGCACAUAAUGGACCUCUUGAAGAUAUAAAUCAAUGUGUGUUUGGGCUUCACAGCCGGUGCUUUGUUGUUACUUCUGAGCUUUGAAGCCGUUUUGAUAAAGUCUGGUCAAAGUGCUGAUGCUUCAACAUCUCUGGCCAGAACAUUUUGACAUCGCUUUGCAUCUCUAAAAGUGACACACGAUGACUGUAAAUGUAUUCUGAGUCCUACAGUAUGUAAAACAAAAAAGUUGUCUAUAAAACACUGAAUUUAAAUGCU